AUGAGCUCUCGACAUGUAAGUCUCAAAGCUAACUUAUCGCGCAGCUACUUUGUCGUCGGCAACCUCGCCGAGUCCCAAGAAGAGUUGAUCCGCAUCUGCAGUCUGCUCCGUGGCACAGAAUCCGCUGUCCAAGCCGUCAGUGUAAGUCCUCAGAGCUCUCGUCUAUACUGGCCUAAGCAAAACUCGAUCCUGACUGCGUGA